AUGUCCUCGCCGGACGCCUCUGCCGUCUUGAUCGGCGACAUCGGCGGAACAAACAUCCGACUGGUCCUCGUGCCAGAUGCUCUGUGUGGCUCGCGGCCGCGUCCUCUGCACAGCGUGCGUUACCAAACAGCCGAGUUUGCGCACCUGCGCGACGCGCUGGCGCGCUUCGUCGCCGAGCUCCCGGCCGGACUGGCGCGGGUGACGGCGGCCGCGCUCUCAGUGUGCGGGCCUGUGGUGGAGGGCAGUGCGAUUUGCAUGGCAGAGUCCAUGGGCGCCUCUGGGUGGCGGCUGGACGAGGCCGACCUCGCCUCCUCCCUCGGCGUCGGUCCCUGCCGGCUGCGGCUACUGAACGACUUUGUCGCGGUCGGCCUGGCGCUCGCAGCCGUUCCGGCGGCCGAGCGCGUGACUGUGCACGCGGGGUCGCCGCUGCCCGGACGGCCGGUGGCGUGCCUAGGCCCUGGCACCGGCCUCGGCUCAGUGUGCCUCGCGUGGCCAGACGGCGACGGCGCCCCACUCGUGCUUCCCUCCGAGUGCGGCGAGGCAGACUUUGCAGCUCGCUCUGCGGCGGAGUGGGCGCUCCGCUCGCACAUCGCCGGCAAAUUGGGCGUGCGGCACGCGGAGCACGUCGUCUCCGGCCUCGGCUUGCGCCGGAUCUACGACUUUCUGCGCAGCGACGCGGCCGAUGCGGCGGCGCCAAACGGCGCGGCGGAAACCAGCGGAACGGCGGCUGCGCACGAGGUGGAGGCUGCGGUGCGGUCGGCAGCGGAUCCGUCGGCCGCCAUCGCCAGCCGCUGCACUCCGGGCGAGCCGGGCGCGGACGCGACGUGUGUUGCGGCGAUGGAGAUGCUGAUCAGCGCGCUCGGCGCCGAGGCUGCGAACGCCGCCCUCCGCUUCCAGGCGCACGGCGGCGUCUUCCUCGCCGGCGGGGUCACCGCCAAGCUCGCGGCGCGGCUGGGCGCCGGCAGCGCACUGCGCGACGCGUACCUGGGCAAGGGCCGGUCCGUCGCCGCGUACGAGGGCUGCCCCCUCUACCUCGUCACCAGGGAGGGGGACGAGCUCGCGCUCGACGGCGCGUGGGAGUGUGCGCGGCGGGCCUUCCAGCCCGUGCCUCGCCCGCCGCCCGCCUCCCGCGGAGUACCGCUCGAGGUGUGCGUGGACUGCGUGGCGUCGGCGGUGGCGGCGGAGAGGGGGGGCGCCUCCCGCCUCGAGCUCUGCGCGAACCUGCUCGAGGGAGGGACGACGCCGUCGGUGGGCCUGCUGCGCGUCGUGCUGCGCACGUGCUCCCUGCCGGUGCACGCGAUGGUGCGGCCGCGCGGCGGCGACUUUCUGUACAGCGAGGCGGAGCUCGAGGUGAUGCGCGAGGAGAUCCGCGAGAUCAAGCGCGCCGGCGCGGCCGGCGUCGUCCUCGGCGCCCUCCGCGCCGACGGCAGCGUCGACGAGCCAGUGCUGCGCGAGCUCGUCUCGCUUGCGGCGCCUCUGCCUCUCACCUUUCACCGCGCGGUCGACGUGGCCGCCGACCCGGUGGCGGCGGUCGAGGCGUGCGUCCGCUGCGGCGUGAGGCGGGUCCUCUCCUCGGGAGGGGCGCCCGACGCCACGGCCGGCGCGGCGGUCCUCCGGCGGAUGGUGGCGGCGGCGGGCGGGCGGCUGACAGUCGCCGCCGCGGGCGGGCUGAGCGAGGGCAACGCCGCGUCCAUCGCCGCCGCGUCGGGCGCGGACGAGGUGCACGGCUCGCUCCGCUGCGUGCAGGGCAGCGCCAUGCUGCACCGGCCCGAGACCCCGGUGUACAUGGGCUCUCAAAAGGUCCAUGGGCGAGAGACGGAGUUUGAGACAAAGGUGGCGGACCGCGAGCGGGUCGCGGCCGCCGUGGCGGCGCUUCAAACAGUGUACAGUGGCCGGCGGCCGGCGGUGGAGUGA